AUGGAAAAAGUUAGCAUUUUCCUUUUGCUUCUCAUCCUCUCUAUAGUGGCUGCAGUCGACAGUAGUACUACUGGUCGACUGCGUCCACACCCUAGUUUCGUGGAGACACAGUGUAGACGAACUCGUUAUCCAGAACCGUGUGUAACAUUUUUAUCCAACUAUGUGAAACCCACAUCUCAAGAUCCUCAAGAAAUAGUUCAUGCUGCCUUGAAAGUGAGCCUAGUUAGGGCUAUACAUACAAGAACUUACAUUAGAAAAAUUUGCAAGGAACAUAAGCAAAUGACGGCUAGGGAUUAUCAAGCAAUAAAAGAAUGUUUAGAUCAAAUCUCUGAUGGCGUUUCCCAACUCACAAACUCUGUCAUAGAGCUUCAAAAUUUGAAUUUAAAUGGUCAAGAAGAUUUUGUAUGGCAUCAAAGCAAUGUUCAAACUUGGCUUAGCACAGUAUUAACUGAUGCUUACACUUGCCUGAAUGGGAUUAAUCCAGGCCAUGGUAAAGUGAAGGCUACCAUUAAAGCUAAGGUUCUUAAUGUUGCACAAGUUACUAGCAAUGCUUUAGCUUUGUUUAAUGGCUUUGCUACUAGGUAUAAGGCUUCUCAUCAAGGCUAG